AUGCCACAUUCAGAACAAGAAUUCAAGAACAAAAUCAUUGACAUGGAAGAAAUGUGGCAGUUUCCCUGCCGUUGGGCAACGCUUGAUGGCUGCCACAUUCCAAUAAAAUGUCCUCCUGGUGGUCCGGAAUCAAGCAAGGAAUAUCAUAAUUUUAAAAACUUCUCAGUUGUACUCAUGGCUAUGGUUGACUCUCAAUAUCAGUUCAUUUGGGGAAGUUGCGGUUACCCUGGUAACUCGCAUGAUUCUGUAAUUUUUCAGUCAGCUGACCUAUGGGCCAAAAAUUCAAGAGGGAAACUGCUUACCAAGAGUUGGGAAACAGGUUGGUAAUCAGACCAUUCCUCCACUUGUGGUUGCUGAUUCUGCCUUUCCUUUCACAACUUGGUUGAUGAAGCCUUUUACUGAUGCAGUUCUCUCAGAGAAGCAAAGGUAUUUUAAUUACAGACUCAGCCGUGCAAGAAUGGUAACAGAGGGUGCAUAUGGCCAGCUGAAAGGUAGAUGGCAUGUGUUGCUAAGGAAAUGUGAAAGCAGCAGUGAGAAGGUACGAAUUAAUGUUCUUGCCUGUAUGGUUCUUCAUAACAUCUGCCUUACCCAAAAGGACACUAUCCCAAAAAAAUUGGAUCUUUCAGUUGAUCCUAGUACCAAUGAGAAAUGA